AUGGAGUCAUCUGAGCACCUUGAUCGCGAUAUUCUCCCGGGCUUUUUCAAGCCUCUUCAAUAUGACAUUUCACUUUUCAAUCUGGAAUUUGGUGGAGAUUUUAACUAUGAGGGAAUCGUCCGCAUCGUCUCCCGGGUUGAAAAGAAAACGAGGGAACUUACCUUGAAUGCUUACCAACUUACUCUCUGCAGUGCAGAGAUCUUCCCUGACCCAGCGAGUUCAUCAAAAUUCUUAGUGCCUCAAAAAAUUUCAUAUGAUGUACCUAGUCAAAGGGUCAAGAUUAUUUACGAGGAAGAAAUACCCGUUUCAGCAGAAGCGGUCAUCAUCAUCAAAUUCCAAGGCACCAUCAAUUAUUGCAUGACUGGCUUUUAUCGGUCGAAAUAUAAGCCAGUAACUAUACCAGCUGCAUCGCUACCUCGAGAUGGUGACUACACAUUCAUGUUUUCAACUCAAUUUGAAAGUUGUGAUGCGCGUCGGGCUUUUCCUUGCUUUGAUGAGCCUAAUCUCAAGGCAACCUUUGAUCUACAACUUGAAAUACCAGAAGAUCUGGUGGCUCUUAGCAAUAUGCCUGUAAAAUACGUUUGCAAAGUUAAACAGGGGCUUCAGACUGUGACUUUCGAAACAACUCCCAUCAUGAGCACAUACCUUCUUGCAUGGGCCAUUGGAGACUUCGAAUAUAUUGAAGCCUUUACAAAGCGAAAAUAUGAGAAUAAGUUGCUUCCAGUGCGAAUUUAUACCACACGUGGUAUAAAAUACCAGGGUCAAUUCGCUCUUGAACACGCCCCUCAGAUUGUGGACUAUUUUUCGGAAAUUUUUGGCAUCGACUAUCCUUUACCAAAGUGUGAUUUACUUGCCGUUCAUGAAUUUGUGAGAAUCUUUCCGUUAUUACUUUACCAAAAUUUACCCCAGAAUGUGGCUCGAAUAGCCAAUAGAAACUGUUUUAGACUAGGCAGAAAGUAUAUCAUUGAUUUUGACAACAGGAGUGCUGACUAUGCCCUUAUUUAUAUGGAAAACUGGGGCUUGAUUACGUACAGAACGACAGCUUUGCUUUUCGAUGACCAAGUUUCGGAUGUCAGAUACAAAAAAAGGAUUGCUUAUGUUGUGGCACAUGAACUAGCACAUCACUGGUUCGGAAACCUCGUAACAAUGGACUGGUGGAAUGAGCUAUGGCUAAAUGAAGGCUUUGCAACUUGGGUAGGUUGGUUAGCUACUGACUAUUUACAUCCAGAAUGGGAUGUCUGGCCUCAAUUUGUGGCAGAGGGUAUGCAAACUGCAUUCACACUCGACUCACUAAGGAGUUCCCAUCCAAUUGAGGUUCCUGUAAAAGAUGCUCUAGACGUUGAUCAAAUUUUCGACUCCAUCAGCUAUCUCAAAGGUAGCUCAGUCAUUCGUAUGCUGGCCACUUAUCUCGGUCAAGAUAUUUUCUUGGAAGGUAUUAGUAUUUAUCUCAAAGCUCAUGCAUAUGGAAAUGCAAAGACAGCAGACUUGUGGCGUUCUCUGAGCCAAAUAUCGGGCAAACAAAUUUCGCGCAUGAUGGAUUUCUGGAUAAAACGCAUCGGGUUUCCUAUCCUUUCUAUUGUCGAAAAGCCUGGUCAAAUCAUCGUAAGGCAAAAUCGCUAUCUUUCUAUAGGUAAUCUACUCCCUGAAGAAAACAAUACGCUAUGGUGGGUGCCUUUGGGUCUUGAAUCCAAGGAUUGUACCACGGUAAUCCUGACCACCAAAGAGGCAACGUUUGAUGGGAUCGAUGAUACGUUCUACCAUAUCAACCAAAAUACCGCUGCCUUUUUUAGAACGAUUUACCCACCUUCAAGACUCAUCAAACUCGUAUCCAUUUUACUCAUAACUAGAAUUUUUCUCAUUGUAACUAUAGGUAUGGUUGGCGAUGCUGGCGCCCUUGCGUUCUCUGGUGAAGCCUCAACGUCAGGCCUUUUGACCUUUAUUGAGGGAUUUCAGUCUGAGUCAAGUUUCUUUUUGUGGUCACAGAUCCUUGAUUCACUCAGUAUAGUAAAAUUAGCCUUCCAUGUGAAUAAAUCUAUAUCCAAGGGUCUAAAAUUAUUCAUCUUGAAGCUAAUCUCUCCUGCCUUGGAAAAAGUUGGAUGGGAGCCCCUUCCAGAUGAAGACAUUUCAACCACUCAAUUACGUUCUUUACUUAUCCUAAAUGCUGGAUUAAAUGGCUUCUACCCUAUAAUACUCGAAGCAAAACGCCGGUUUGAGCUCUACAUGACCGGUAAAGAUAGGAAAGCUAUUCACCAAAAUCUUCGCUCUGCAAUCUUCGGAAUUGCCAUACGAAAGGGUGGAGUAGCUGAAUACCGAGCUCUCAAAAGUGAAUGGCGUACUACAGCUUCGGUCGACGGUAGAGAGAUCGCCUUAUGCGCCCUUGGACAGGCGCGAUAUCCAGAAUUACAUCAGGAUUACCUCGACUUUCUUUCUACCGAAGUAGCUACCCAAGAUGUUCACACGGGUGCGAAAGCCAUGGCUAUUAACUCGACGUCUCGCAUGGCUCUUUGGGAAUACAUUAAAGACCAUUUUGAUGAAAUUCGAGAAACUUUCGGCUACAAUAAUACUGUUCUAAGUAGAUUCUUACGGUUGAGUCUUGAUAAGUUUAACGAUCGAAAUACGGAAAAAGAUAUUCGAGCAUUUUUUGCGAAUAAAGACAAUAGAGGCUACGACCGAACAUUAGCAAUUAUUAGUGACACCAUUUUAGGGCGCGUUGCCUACCAAGAAAGGGAUAUGAGGCGAUUAAAGGAAUGGUUGAAGUUACAUGGACAUAUACUGGAUUGA